AUGACCAUGCGCACGCAGGAGCCCGCGCGCUGCUUCCAGUGCCUGCAGCCGGGCAUCCACCGGGACGCCCGGGUGCUCGCGGCCAUGGCCGAGACGCGGUGCCCCGAGAUCUUCGACACGAAGGGCUGCAAGACGCUGGUGAAGCUGGCCUGGAAGCGCGUGCAGAGGUACGCCUACCUGAACAUCUUCGCGCGUGCGCUGGAGGUGGCACUGCUCGUGUGUCUCACGAUGGCCCUGAACGACGGCUCGACGAGGCCCGAGAGGUGGUCCUGGCUGAACAUCGGGCUGUUGAUGUGGAACAUGCUUGAGGAGGUGUGCCAAGCAAUAGGGUUUGUACAGAUGGGCCUGUCCAGCCUGUGGACCCACAACUUCGUGACCUGGGUGGACGUUUUCAGACUUGCCAAGCAAGCGUAUGUUUACGCCGUGGUCGUUGUAGAUGGAGACCUCACGAAUGAGUUUCAACGCAUCCUGCUGGCCAUCGCUGUCUUCUGGAGUUGGAUGAGAGUGCUGUAUUCGCUUCGAGUUCUGAAGGUUAUAGGAAAGCCGAUGUUGCCGAUUUUGAACUCGAUGCAGAACAUGUCGGCAUUCCUCCUGGUGGUUGUCUUUUGGCUGGGAGGCUUUUCGCACAUGUAUUACGCUUGUGGCCUAUCUCAGCCAUUCAGCUCGUUCAUGACCGUCUUCCGCCUCGCCAUGCUGGGGGACUUUGAGCUAGAGGAGAUGGAGUCGGAUGCGGAAGGGACUGUGCUUGCGGGAACGUGGGUGCAGCUUUUUGUAAUCGUCGUGGGCUUCAUGAUGACUAUCACGAUCCUGAAUAUUUUUAUCGGCGUGGUCGGGAUGAGCUACGAGAAGGCCCUGGACGAGGCCGAGAGGGCGUUCCAGCGCCAGCGCGCAAAGGCCAGCCUCAACCACGUGGCCCACAUGGAGGGCUUGCGCACUGUGCUGUGCUGCAGGAGGAGUCGUCCGAAAGAGCGCAAGGACAUCUACGCGUGGUACGCUCACAGCCUGGACGAGGAGACGCUGACAAGGAGUUCGACGCGCCAGAGCAAAGAGCUGACAACUUGGACGAGCGGGUGGGCAGGCUGGCGAUGGACGUGUCUCGGAUGGGAAGGCAGCUGGAGGGCCUCAUGGAGGCGCUCAGGCCGGUGGACAUUGUGCUGGAGUGAUGGCAGCCCUCGCGUUGACCGCCCGUGCCUCUUGUGCUACGCUUAG